CUCAUACAAGGAAUCCGGAGAUCUCAGAUUUCAAGUCGCACGUGAUGAUUUUGUCCCAAUUGAAAUCGAUCUUUUGAAGAUCCAUUUCUGUGUUCUGAUUCUGCUGUAUCCCUAUUCCUCUUCCUUCUGCUGAACGGUUUUUUGCGUGUCUCAAGGCUCAGCGCUCAAUUAUUGUCCUCACUAUCUUAUUUUGGACAUGGAGCAAGAAAUCGACAGGGUCGUGCAAGCAAUUACAGUUGCAUCUGAUCCUGCGCAAACCCCGUUGCAUCCAGAGGCUUUGGCCUAUCUUUCCACCAUAGAACAAAACGCCACAGAAACAUGGAGAAUUGCACUAUCUCUAUUCGUCGACGCCACUUCUGAAGGGGUUCGAAAAUACCCACCACAAGCUCGUUUCUUUGCUUUGCGUGUGUUGGAUGCGUUCUUGGAGAGUCGGUUUGAACCCCUGGAUCAGGAAACAUUCCAGACACUGCAACAAACUCUGGUAUCGUACAUCCAAUCCGAGUAUGUCUAUGGAUCGUCGGAAUCCAGUGCUUCAUUCCUUCGCAACAAGUUUUCGCAUACUUUGACAUUAUUCUUUCUCUGCACUUAUAUGGAACAAUGGCCAACCUUUUUUGCCGACAUAUUCACUCUUAUACGAUCCUCGGAAUCAUCAUCCUAUAAUCGACAUAUCUCACUCCUCUUCUUUCAUAUCGUACUAGAAAUCUCGGGCGAGGUUGCAGAUCAGAUGAUCAAAGCUGCCCGGCAAUACACUACCAUACGAGCAACGCGAGACAGUCGCGUCAGAGAUGCUGUAAGGGAGAGGGACGCGGUGAGAAUCAAUGAAGCAGUCUUGACCAUCGUGGCCGAAGGGUCGGAGAGGAUGGCGAACAUGCGCAAGGAUCAAGGUUCUUCUGCAAAUCGGGAGCUAGAUGAGGUUAUUGAAGUUGUAGACUGGGGUAUCAGAACAUUCGGAUCCUAUGUGGGGUGGAUCGAUAUUAAUCUGACAAUUACACCAACUACUGUGCCCCUUCUCUUCACAUUAUUAGCCGAUCCUUCGCUACCUAUCCGACUAGCCACUUGUGUGGCAUUACUACGCAUCGUCGCUAAAGGCCUUAAAGAACCUGGUGACAAGCUUCAACUAAUUAAAGUCCUCUCUUUGGGGCAGGUCAUAGAUGCUCUCGAAGCUAAGACUCGGCAGCAGCAACUAGAAAGAGGGUCGGAAACUGAUGAGGGAGAAGAAUCGUACCGGGAGUCUUUAGGAAAGCUAUUCAAUGUGUUUGGCUUAGAAUUGACAAAAUUAGAGGAUUGUCCCAACGGGCAAGUGCGUUCUGAGGCUACCGGCUAUCUAACUCAAUGUCUACCUGUGCUGCUUCGAUUUAUGGUGGAUGAAUAUGACGAUACGUCCUCCACCAUAUUUCCUCUCCUUCAGGCUAUCCUUGCCAAUUACAAGCGCAGUCGAAAGGUUUCUUCAGAUCCUAUCGAUGAAUCAAAACGAUCCUUCCUUUCGUCCCUCCUACAAGUCAUAUUGGCAAAGAUGAAGUGGGAUUCUGAAGCCGAUCCUGAUGAUUUGGAUGAAGAUGACAAUGCCGAAUUUGAGAAACUUCGCAGGGAGCUACGCAAUUUCAUGGACUCCGUGUUAAUCAUCGAUCAGGACCUGGUUACUGACGCAGUGCGCACUUUGGCGAUGAACACGAUGUCGGCUUAUCAAAAUGGCGUGCCUAUGGAGUGGUACGAAGCCGAACUGGGCGUCUACAUGGUAUACAUCUUUGGGGAGGUCAACAAAAGUGGAGGGAAAGGUCGUGCCGCUUUCUGUCAUACUCCCUCUGUCAUAGACAAGGAGAAAAGGAAAGGUACAAACUACUCGGAAUAUGCCCUGACCACUCAUGGGGAGCUAUUAUUGGCUCUGGUACAAUCGGGCUUGUCGGGUUAUCCGCAUCGAACAGUAGCUCUACAAUUCUUCGAGACAGUAACUCGCUAUACAGACUUCUUCAAAGUGCGCAAGGAGUGCAUUAUGCCAACCCUUGAGGCUAUGGUCGAUACACGGGGUCUACAUAAUUCCAAUCAAACAUUUCGAUCACGUCUCUUCUACCUAUUCUCCCGAUUCAUCAAAGACAGCAAAAACGACAUACCACCAGACAUCUGUGUCACACUCACUCAAAGCAUCCGGGACCUGCUUCCUAUACAGAUCCACAUUCCAGAACCUGAUGAUGUGGAAACAGAUCUUUUGACUGAUGCAGCAAGAGAUCCUGCGUUCGAUUCUCAACUCUUUCUCUAUGAGACUGUCGGAACCCUUUGCUCGUUAUCUGCCAAGAGUUCAGAUCAGCCUGCGGCACAUUUGUUGUCCUUCGUAAAGCCGCUAAUGGAUAACUUAUCGGAGAGUCUUCAGGCUUGCAAGGGGACUCAGGACGUAGGGCCUAUCGUCACUGUGCAUCAUAUCAUCAUGGCCCUUGGUACUAUUGCGAAAGGAUAUCCUGACUAUCCCUCGCCAACCCCUCCCGGGUAUGUUUUACCAUCAUUGGAUGUUUUCGCACAAGUGGCGCAGGCCAUACUUGUAUGCCUGGAAAAUAUGAACGUUUUUAGAAUUGUUCGCGAUGCGACGCGCUUCGCUUUCGCUCGGAUUUUAGCGGCUGCUGGACCUAGUGUGACGCACUACAUCCCUGCUCUCAUGAGCAAUCUACUCGUCCAUUUCCAACCAACAGAACUGGUUGAUUUCGUGAACUUCAUCGGCCUGUUGAUUUACAAGCUUCAAAAUGAUAUGUUUGCUGUACUCGAUGAGCUCAUCGGCCCGCUCAGUGGACACAUUGGUAAUAUAUUGAGACAGCCCAUAAGUGAUCCGGAUGAUCAGCGAGCACACCUGGAAACUAAAAAGGCAUAUCUGGCACUACUGAAUAGUGUCGUCUCGUCGAAGCUGCAGAGAGCACUCAUUUCAGAACGGAAUAAUCCUACGUUUGAACCAUUGAUGCAAUCCAUGAUUGGUAUUGCUGAAGAUGCGUCGGACCCUCCUAGCCAAAAGUCUACUUUUAAUUUUUUAAGUCGUUGCGUGACGAUCUGGGCCGCCCCUCCUCAGACAACUACGGUUAGCAAUGAACCCGCAGAAUCCUUGCCGGGAUUCGAAAGAUUCGUGUAUGAAAGACUUAUCCCGACUGCCUUCCGCGUACCUGCUGCACCAGACUUGAACGUAAAGGAUGGUCAAGUUACGUUGGUCUUGCAAGAAGUUGCCAACUUCCUGCACACUGUUGCUAGAACACGAGGAUCAGAGGCUUACGAUUACCUCUUGACCGUCUUCUUCCCUUCACAAAAUUGGCCAUCAGAGACGGCUCUUGACUUCACUACGAAAUUGCGAGAUCUUGAUGCAAAAGGUUUCCGAAAAUACUUUACGGAGUUUGUUCGUUCGUCACGUUCGAACUCAUAGCACUUGGUUAGAUCUUUAUUCUUACUGCCCUACUCUUUCCUUUACUUUCCAUUAAUCCGUCUUGCACUGCCUCCUAUUAUGUUAUCGAUACAAAGCUGCCACACGUAUUGUGCCAUUAUUCAUAUUCAUGCUUUACAUAUGUACUGUUUGCAUGCGCAUUAAACAUUAUGUCCCUAGGAAAAAUC